UUCUGUCAGCCGGUUUGUUUACAAUUAUUGUUGUGGAUAAAAUUAAAAAAUAACACAAUUAUUUCAAUUAUUGUGAGUGGAAACACCUUCCAUGAUGGCACACCUAACCGGCACAAGAGUUAGCACCUUUAACGAGAGUUUCCUCAAUGAAAAUGAGCACGAUUCCAAUGCGGUGCUCAUGGAACUGGACAAAGGAUUACGGAGCGCCAAGCAGGGUAUCCAGUGUGAGGCGAUCGUCCGCUUUCCACGUCUAUUCGAGAAGUACCCGUUUCCCAUUCUAAUCAACUCUUCGUUCAUCAAGCUCGCCGAGUUCUUUGUGAGUGGAUCGAAUCUUCUACGCUUCUGGGUUUUGAGAGUCUGCCAGCAGAGUGAGAAUCAUCUGGACAAGAUCCUUAACAUUGACAACUUUGUAAGGCGCAUCUUCAUGGUAAUGCACUCGAACGAUCCUGUGGCUCGAGCCUUACUCCUGCGGACUUUGGGCGCAGUUUCACGAGUUAUUCCCGAGAAGCAACAGGUCCACCAUGCCAUUCGAAGAGCCCUAGAUAGCCACGAUACCGUCGAAGUAGAGGCUGCGAUUUACGCCAGCAGUUGCUUCGCUGCUCAAUCAAGCUCAUUCGCUAUUAGUAUGUGCGCCAAGAUCUCCGACAUGAUCGAGUCCCUGCAGGUGCCCGUUCCGAUGAAGCUACUUCUAAUCCCGGUUCUGCGGCACAUGCAUCACGAUGCCAACACAGCUGCUUUAGUCAGCAGGUUAUGCAUGGACCUUUUGCCCAAAUAUCCGGCUCAGAGCUUUGUGGUGGCCAUUAUAGAUACCUUAACACAGUUAUCUUCUCGAACGCUGGUAGGAGUCCCAGGGCAACUGGAGGUUCUGCUGGAUUUUAUGCAGGAUCUAAGGACGCCAGUGCGAAUUCAAGUUCUGAGAUCCUUUAACGAACUAGCCGGAAAGCAAAGUGUGCACGCCUGGCCCAAGCCGGCUAUUGAAGCGCUUAUCGGAAGAUUUGGGGCCUGCACCAAUUCCCAGGAGCAGUUUCUCUUCCUCUCCAUUUUGCUGAAGCUAAGCGAGUGUCCCUUGACUUGCCAGCAGCUGCUUCGCGAGCAUCGAGGGGCGCUUCUUCGGCUGUGCAUUCAGUGCAUUAGCAAGUUAGAUGAUUACACCACAGCCACGCAGGCCAUGGCUGUUCUAUCGGUGCUAGUAGCUUAUGGAAUAAAAAAACGCGAGAAUACCAAUGAAAUUGAGGAUAUCCUUCACAUAGUCAACCUUCACAUGGAGGGAUUGCUGUUAAGUACAGCUCGUCGGGCCGAGUGCACGCGUGAUCUGCGAAGGGUCCUCACAUACGGCAUCAGAAUCACUCAAGCGAAUGCUGAAUUUGGAACGUCCUUCAUCGAAAUCGUGACAAAUACCUUGGGCGACAAGGUAGUCUACCCGCCAGCCAACGCCGAGCUUAUUUGCGAGGCUUUGGUGGGUCUUUGUGAACACUUUCAGUUGAGGAAGUAUGCCUUUUCCACAACAGAAGGUUUAAUGGUUGAUGAAAAUGCUAUGGAUAUUGACGAGUUGCCGCCGCCAAAGGUUAAUCCCAUGUUGGCCCGUCUACCGCUCAUUUUGCACAAACUAAACACCAUUAUUGACCAGGAAAACUGCGAUCAGCUGCGAACUGUGGAGAUUCUUAGUGCUCUGGUUCUUCAAACCACCAUGGGCUGCUAUCUCCCGCAAAAGAUUGUUCAGUGCUUUGAAAAGUGCUUGGGCAGACUAAACUGCUGGACGCUAUACAGGAUCGCACGCACUGCUAGUCGCUAUGGUCACCACUAUGUGGCUGCCCAUAUUUACACUAAGGUUUCCCAGAUCGUAAUCAGCGAUCACAUGCACUAUUUUUUGCUAGCCCUCUCGCAGAUUUCCCAGGCGGAGUGCAUUCUAAACUACGGAGUCGAUUAUGCUCAAAUGAGGGAAAAUUAUGCACCAAAAGCUGCACCAGAACCAGUAAUGCCGCUGAUGAAGCGAUUGGAGGCUGCCAGCAAUCUUUACCAACAGGCAUUGGCUAGCUUGCGAGCAUGCUCGUCGCCCCAGCACCCGUGCACCUUUCAGCUGGAGUAUCUGAAGAUCCGUGCUCAGUUUCUGCAGACCCUUCACCUAGCGGUUACUGUGAAGAAUGCCCAAGUGAUUGUCCCACCACCGGCCAUCGCUGGAAGCUUGGCUCAGAACUCCAGGGAUUACCUGCAAAAGUUUGGCCAUGUCACAAACCAAUUGCGCAAGUUGGUCAAAGCACUGAAAGCCUGCGAGGAAACCUACGCCAGGCUCUACAAAUCUUCAUUUGAUGCCGAUCAUGUGACUUUGGAAUUCUUAGAGGUUGCCGAGUUUCAAUGCGCUUUGUUCGCCCACAUUAUUGAAUCAAUUUGCUAUGCCACACCCCCGGAACCUCCUGUGUUUCUGACCACUGGAGAUCAUCCGGAAACUCGCUAUUUUGCAGCCAGUUGUCAGCGAAUGGAGCAAAUGCAAAAGAACUUGCCGCAGGAACCAGCCAACGCUAAAACAAUAAGCAACCGCCACCUCGACGUCAUUAUAGCACAGAUUGAGAUAAUUACCAAGACACCUCUGUGUCUGCCUCGUUACUUCUUCCAGAUCCUGCAAUCGACACAGAUUAAGUUAUCCGUAAGUCCGCAGCCUAGAAGCGCCACCGAGCCCGUAAACGUGCAAUCUGGCAGUAAUCUCGUGAUCAAGGUAGAAGGAGUCCUCCAACAUUUCAGCAAACAGAAAAAGCACUUCCGACGCGUUGAGUCGGUGCAACUAAGUCUUACCUCCCAACUUAUUACUCCCCCGCCAAGAUCAGUCCAAGAGCUACCGAAGUCUGGAGCUAACGAUACCGUGACGCUCAACCAGAUUGUAAAGCCGCAGCGCGAUUUCCUUUCCGGCAGCUUCCUGCUACCCAUUUCCAGUGGCGGGCACUUCCAGGUUACCCUGGAGACUUUUGUGGUGGAUGAGAACGGAAUAACCUGGUGCACUGGACCCAAGUCUUCGAUGAUGGUACGGGUUUUGGAGGAUCCCGCCAAGCAAACGGCUCCUGCCCCGAGUACCUCGCAAGCGGUUGGUCAGACGAGGAGGUUUUAAAC